CUUCGCCUCCGUCAUGCAACCGAAGAGCUCGGUCUCGCCGGGGAUCAUCCUGCCUACCUCGUUGUCGGCCUCCAGCUGCGCGACCGCCGUUUUCAUGGUCACCAGGAAUUUCUGCAGCUCGCCUAGAUUGCGCGCAUCACAGAGAGCUGCCGUCCACGCCUUGACCAUCUGCACCCACUUCAUCACAUGGGCCUUCCGCGGCCGGAACCCGCGCAGAUCGACAAAAUGCGGCAUAUCGAUGAGGGCUUCGGCGGCGCUCUCGUGCUGCUGCUGCUGCUGCUGCUGCUGAUGAUGAUGAUGAUGAGUUGGGCCGCGGUUGUGCUGAUGAUGGGGGCCGGGCGCUGCAUGAGGGAAAACAUCAAAACCACACACACAGGGACACCACAUCCUGGACCAUGUACAGCCAGAUGUGGUGGAUCAGCGGCCGGAACUCGCGCAGAUCGACGAAAGGCGGCAUAUGGAACAGGACUUCGGCGGCGUGGCUCCCGUGCUGCUGUGCUGCUGCUGCUGUG